UGUAUUCUUCACAAAAUGAAGUAUUUAGGGUUUACUAUUCUCUUUCUGCUCUGCACUGUGUCCUGGGCUGAGGAUGAAGAGCUUCAGGAUGAGGAAGCUCCUUUGCCUAUAGCUCUAGACAUCUUCACCAUCGAAGACACUACUUAUGGAAUCUCUCUAUACGACAAAGUGAGCUGGUUUCAGGCUGAGCUCAUUUGCAGAGGAGCUGGUUACACUCUAGCGGAUAUUCCAACCGACACCGAUCAAGACAGCAUUAAAACACUUUUGCUUGGGAGUGGUCUUGAUUUAAGUUCAUAUUCCGACGACUCACUUUGGACCUCAGGGACAAAUCUAGGAUCGUGGGGUCAUUAUGUUUGGCAAUCUACUGGACAACGCAUUACCUAUAAUGAGUUUCUUGUAAACCCACCUACAGACCAUCCAUUUUGCAUUGGCUAUAAUAUCGCAACUGGCUAUUGGAACCAUUAUUAUUGUCGGGAUGAACGUUAUUUCAUCUGCAAACUAUUUACAAAGGCAACAUGUUGAUUAGUUAAAUAACACAAA